ACGGUAGGUAUCCUUCAAUGUUUGGUUUUUCCUAUUCAAGAUUAGCUUUGAAUAAGAGUGUUUCUCUGUUUGUUUCGAAUGCUCAACUGGGUAUUCUUCCUUUUCACUCAUUAUUCGUAAUCAGAUCCUUUUCGUCUUCAACAUCUUCGAAUUUGAAUGACAACUCAUUUGUAGUCUCAUAUCUCAUAAAUUCAUGUGGAUUAACUCUAAAAUCUGCUCAAUCUAUCUCUAAGAUUAAGAGGAUUCGUUUUGAAACCCCUGAAAGACCGGACUCAGUACUUAGGCUUCUCAGGGAACAUGGAUUCACCAAUACCCACAUCUCCAGAAUUGUUAAGAGUCGGCCCCAGGUGCUCUUAGCGCAUCCAGAAAACACACUCAUGCCCAAGUUCGAGUUUCUGUGUUCUAUAGGGGUUUCAACAUCAGGCCUUUCAAUAAUUGUUUCUAGGAACCCAUUUUUGUUGACUCAAAGUAUAGAGCAAUAUCUUAUCCCACUUUAUGAGUUCCUUAAAAGUAUACUUGUUUCUGAUGAGAAAGUAGUUACGGCCCUGAAACACAUGAGAGGGUGUACUUUUAAGCUGAACUGCUUUUCGAACAAUUUAGCCUUCUUAAGAGGGCUUGGAGUUCCUCAAUCAUCCAUCUCUUACUUGCUCACCCAAUGUCCGUCACUAAUGUGCCAAGAAAUGGGCAAGUUUGCUGAAAGGGUUAAUAAGGUUAUGAAACUAGGAUUUGACCCUUCAAAAAUUAUGUUUGUUGAGGCAGUCCUUGUUUUUUAUAUGAUGGCGCAAAAAACAUGGGAACACAAAAUGGAGGUUUAUAGGAGAUGGGCUUUGUCUGAAGAUGAGAUUUGGUUGAUUUUCAGAAAGCAUCCCAUUUGUAUGACUUUGUCUGAGAAGAAGGUCAUGGGUACGAUGGAUUUUCUAGUGUACAAAAUGGGCUGGCAGCCUGCUGCUGUUGCUAGAGUUCCAGUUGUGCUUUGUUAUAGUUUGGAGAGGAGGAUUAUGCCUAGAUGUUCAGUUGUAAGAGUUUUGCUUUUAAAGGGUUUGAUUAAGGCAGACAUCCAUUUAUCCUCGGUGUUGAUAUCUUCUGAAAAGCUCUUCUUGGAAAGGUUUGUGAUUAAGUAUCAAGAAAAUGUGCCUCAAUUGUUGGAUAUCUUUCAGAGAAAAGGGGAUCUUAAAGAACUUGGCUUGGACUUUGAUGAUAAUUUUAAGAUUUCUAGGUUACGAAAUGUCUAGCCUGCAGCAUGUGAAUCUUAAACCCAUUAAUUCCAAUUUGAUGUUGCUUUCUAA